AUGACAGGGAACAUGGAAAAAUACAACCCAGAAGAACGAAUAUCUAACAUGGGAGCUCGCAGCAGUCAGCAAGACAAAGCAGGAGCUUCAAAAAAUAUUGUAACGAAUUUAUUUUUAUCGUCGUUGUUCUGGAUUUAUUUUAGCGACUUGAUAAAGCUAUAUAGAAAUAUGUAUCUCACUGCUGUGGGGGAUUUAAUAUUUGGAGCUAUUGGGGGGGAAAAAAAGUUAAGACAUCCAAUUAUUAUUAUUAUGAUAAAUACAUAA